AUCUCUGCCUGCGCAGGCCUACCAGGAAGGGUCCCACCCCAGGGGCGAGCCCAGUCUCGCUGCUCGGACCAGGCUCUUGCUAGAAGUGGUCCAAGACCUCCGAGGCCUCUUCCGGAAGAAGCCAUUGUGCCAGGUGGGGACUGUUUGACAUCGCAUGGGCACAAGGAAGAAGGAGCGGAAUGCUGCGGAGGCGGGCCCCAGAGGACAAUACUGUCCUGAUCGACAUGGCCCUGGGAAUGGAGAAGGCGGACUCUUACGGAAGCAUCUCACAGCCCGUGAACACCAGACGGCCACUUGCAGGAUCGGUGAGCCCUUCCCAGUUCUCCAGCUCAGACUUUGUCCUUGUUUGGGAGGAAGACCUGAGGCUGGGUCAGCAGCAGGACAGUGCCACUCAGGACAAGAGACGCACACACAUGGCCUGGCGGGAGACCUUCCUGGAGAACCUUCGUACAGCUGGCCUGCAGGUGGACCAGCAUCUUGUCCAGGAUGAGCACUGCAGAGUGCACUACAUCCUCCUCAGCGCCCCCUGGGCCGUGCUCUGCUACUACGCGGAAGACCUUCGCCUGAAGCUGCCCCUGCAGGAGCUGCCCAAUCAGGCCAGCAACUGGUCGGCCAGCCUGCUGCGGUGGCUGGGCAUCCCCAACAUCCUGCUGGAGGACGUGCCCGAUCUGCCCCCCGAGUAUUACUCCUGCCAGUUCAAAGUGAGCAAGUUGUCGAGGUUCCUCAGGAGUGACAACCAGGACACCUUCUUCUCCUGCACCCACAGGCACCAGAUCCUGUUUGAGAUCCUGGCCAAGACCCCAUACGGCGAUGACAAGAAAGGUCUGUUUGGAAUCGAGCAGCUGCUGUCCCAGGGCGUGUUCAGGGCGGCCUUCCCCCUGCACGAGGGCCCCUUCACUACACCCCCUGAGGGCCUGAGGGCCCCUGGCCUCAACCAGCGGCAGGUCCUGUUCCAGUACUGGGCCCGCUGGGGCAAGUGGCACAAGUACCAGCCUCUGGACCACGUGCGCAGGUACUUCGGGGAGAAGGUGGCCCUCUACUUCGCCUGGCUGGGGUUCUACACAGGCUGGCUCCUGCCAGCGGCCGUGGUGGGCACGCUGGUAUUCCUGGUGGGCUGUUUCAUGGUAUUCUCAGACACACCCACGCAGGAGCUGUGCAGCAGCGCCGAGAGCUUCCAGAUGUGCCCACUCUGUCUCACCUGCCCCUUCUGGCUGCUGUCCAGCACCUGCGCCCUGGCCCAGGCCGGCCGGCUCUUCGACCACGGCGGCACCGUCUUCUUCAGCGUGUUCGUGGCGCUGUGGGCCGUGCUGCUCCUGGAGUACUGGAAGCGGAAGAGCGCCACGCUGGCCUACCGCUGGGGCUGCUUCGACUACGAGGACAUCGAGGAGAGGCCACGGCCCCAGUUUGCCGCCUCGGCCCCCACGACUGCCCCGAACCCCAUCACCGGCAAGGAGGAGCCCUACUUCUCCAAGAGGAGCCGCACGCGUCGCAUGCUGGCCAGCUCCGUGCUGGUGCUGAUGAUGGUGGCCGUGGUGGUCAUAGGCCUCAUGUCCAUCAUCCUGUACCGCGCCAUCAUGGCCAUCCUGGUGUCCAGGUUGAACAACACCCUCCUGGCAGCCUGGGCUUCUCGCAUCGCCAGCCUCUCGGGCUCCGUGGUGAACCUGUUCUUCAUCCUUGUCCUCUCCAAGGUCUAUGUGGCUUUGGCCCACAUCCUGACAAGAUGGGAAAUGCACCGGACACAGACCCAGUUCGAGGACGCCUUCACCCUCAAGGUGUUCAUCUUCCAGUUCGUCAACUUCUAUUCCUCGCCCAUCUACAUCGCCUUCUUCAAGGGCAGGUUUGUGGGGUACCCGGGCAACUACCACACUUUGUUGGGGGUUCGCAACGAGGAGUGUGCGGCAGGAGGCUGUCUCAUCGAGCUGGCACAGGAGCUCCUAGUAAUCAUGGUGGGCAAGCAAAUCAUCAAUAACGUGCAGGAGAUUCUCGUCCCGAAGCUCAAGGGCUGGUGGCUGAAGUUCCGGCUUCGCUCCAAGAAGAGGAAGGUGGUGGCUUCAGCCGCUGCCAGCCAGACGCCCUGGGAGGCAGACUAUGAGCUCUUGCCCUGUGAGGGCCUAUUUGAUGAGUACCUCAAAAUGGUGCUGCAGUUCGGCUUCGUCACCAUCUUCGUGGCCGCUUGCCCGCUGGCUCCGCUCUUCGCGCUGCUCAACAACUGGGUGGAGAUCCGCCUGGACGCGCGCAAGUUCGUGUGCGAGCGCCGGCGCCCAGUGGCCCAGCGCGCGCAGGGUGUGGGCAUCUGGUUCCCCAUCCUGACUGGCAUCGCUCACCUGGCGGUCAUCAGCAACGCUGUGCUGCUGGCCUUCUCCUCCGAGUUCCUGCCGCGCACCUAUUACCGCUGGACCCGCGCCGGUGACCUGCGCGGCUUCGUCAACUUCACACUGGCGCGCGCCCCGCCGGCCUUCACCGCCGCGCACAACCGCACGUGCAGGUAUCGGGCAUUCAGGGAAGAUGAUGGGCAUUAUUCCGGGACUUACUGGAACCUUCUGGCUAUCCGCCUGGCCUUUGUCAUUGUGUUUGAGCAUGUGGUGUUCUACAUCGGCUGGGUUCUCAACCUCCUGGUACCUGACAUCCCUGAGUCUGUGCAGAUCAAGGUGAAGCGGGAGUACUACCUGGCCAAGCAGGCGCUGGCUGAGAACAAGGCUCUCUUGGGGACGAAUGGAGCCAAGGACAACCAGCCCUCAGCCUCAGGAGAGUCUGGGCUCACAGCCUAGGCAACCAGAAGCCAGCUGGGCCUCGCCAGUCCCUUCCCUCUGAGGUCUCAGGAAUCAUGCUGGAGGCUGCGGGGCCUGGAAUCAGACCCACCUGGAGUGCAGAGAACUCGCCCUGGAGAUGUAGCCUCCACUGGCCACCUCUUUGGAGUACCCAAAGCCAGGCGACUAUAGCAGGGGAACCUGGUGGGCUGGGGCAUGUUCCACCAUCUCCCUCCCAGUCCCACAAGCCAGUAUCCUCUCCUCACACUCCCCCAGGGGCAGAAUGGCUCCACCUGAGACUAGCUCCCCUCCCUGUCACCCCCACCCACCUCUGAGCACACUGCUUACUCUCCUACAUCUUUACUCAGAGCUGUGGCCCUUCCAGGCCUCAACCCUCCACUUCGUGCAAUCCUGAGCCCCUGCACCCACGGCCCCCUCUGCCUCUCCCUGCUCACUUCCUACUUGCCCUUCAGCCCUCACAUGACUCAUCUGCCAAUCCAGGCAGUGGACUCUGGGUCCUGUGUCCUCUCUAGUGUUUUGAUCCUGCUGUCCUUGGAAUGAUGGAAUGACCCCUCUCCAGGCCCACCUGUUGACAGAGUCCUGCCUGCCCCCCAGCACCCUAUGUUCCAGGUCACAACCCCUCACCCACUUUCUCCACUCCCCAUUUCUAGCCAAGGGCUCUUGAUUCUGUCACCGUUUCUUGAACAUGGUGCCCUCUUUCACUCCCAGUCACUGUCAGUGGGCUCUUAGGCUAAAAAGCUGUACUGCCCACCUCCCUACCAGACUAAAGCCUGAGGCUGGGGAAGGUUUGGAGGAAGAUUGUUUUAUUUCCUGACCAGUGUAACUCUGGAGUUUCCUGUAUGAUUACACAUGAUCAUCUCCAAAGUUGGGAGGACCUUGUCCUAACCAGCUUGUGAACCCCCUUCCAUUAACUCAGUAACCGUUGUGCCCACGUGUGACUCCACCACGGGAUGCUUUCCUUUGCUGUGCAUCCCUGCUGCGUGUGUGUGUGGGGGGGGGGGGGGUUUCCACCUGUACCUUAUAAUUCAUGCUGGAAUAAAUCUCCGGAAAUACUAUGCACACCACUGACUUCCUCAGGGUAAACUUCUAGAUGUACAAACUUCCUCCCAGAAGGGCUGAUCGAUACCUCUCUAAAUA